ACCCCAAAACACUUCAAAACACUUCACAACACCCUAAAACACCCUAAACACACACAAAACACCCGGAAACACCCCCAAACACCCCAAGAUACCCCAAAAACACCCCAGAACACCCUAAAACACCCCAAAACACCCCAAAACACCCCCAAACACCCCUCAAGAUGUCCAGCCAAGUGUUUACCUGCGAAGUUACAUAUCUGGGUAACAAGUACGUGAACGGCGCCCAGUCCACCUCUUCCCUGGGCGCCCUGGUGGAAGAGCUGCUCCACCCACGCCCACACGCCCACGCCCACCCACACACACCCCUCCACCACCACCUCCACCACCUCCACCUCGAGAGAGAAGAGAAAACGGAAAAUUUGAGCAGUUUUACCAAUUUUAACAGCCUGCCUCGAUGCAUAGGGAAGGGAAGCGAGCGGUACCUACUAGUAUGUGAUGAGGAACAGCUUCGCCUAAACCCAGUGAGGAAGGACGAGGGGUUCGAAUCCGACACAGAAUCCUCAGGCAGCGCGUGUGAGGACCCCUGCUGCCGCCAAGACGUCAAGGUAAUCAGUGACCACGUGCUGAGACUGGACCAGCUGAUUAAUGAUGACGGCACGAGGACCAAGAAGAUCUCCACAGACUCCUCCUCCUCCUCCCUCUCCUCCUCCUCCUCCUCCAACAGCAGCAGCGGGGCGGAGAGUGAGGAUGACUCCCCUAGACCCCCCCACCACCACCACCACCACCUUCCCCAGCAGCGUGGUCCCAAUGGUGGUGGUGGUGGUGGUGGGGGCGGCGUGGACAUCCAGGUGAGCGACAUCCUCUUCUGCCACGUGUCGGGGGCGUGGCCGCGCGUGCUGGUGGUAGCGGCGCGGGCGGCGGGCAGCGCGCAGGUGAGCGCCCACGUGUUCCAGUGCCCCACCCCCGAGGCCGCCCGGGCACUCUACGCCCACUACAGGGACGCCAGCAGCAGGUACAGGCUGAGUCGUUACCGCAACAGUCGGCGGCGCGGCGAGGGCGAUGUUGGGCGCGGGUCAGGACGCGGCUGUGCAGUGCGGGCGGCGGAGUGCGGCGCGGGCGUGCAGGUGAUCCCUGUCGGGCAGGGCCUGGGCGCCGCGCCGGCCUGGGGCGUGGGGGGCACCAGUGUGUGCGUGGGCGCGGGCGUGCACCACCUGCACAACGGCGUCACGCAGAUAGAGAUCCCCAGCGGCCCGCCCAGCCUGGGGGCCGGCAUGGGCGGCGGCAUGGGGGUGAGUCUGGGUGCCAGCCUAGGAGGCAGCCUGGGGCCUGCUGGUGGGCGCGAGGUGAUGGGUGGCGUGGGCGGCGAGGUGGGCAGGAUGCGACAACGUGAGCAUCCCAGCCUGCUGCCGCGCCCACAGGAGGCGCGGGGCCGCAGCCGUCGCGAUGCCCACGAGGGUGCCCCCGUGCCCCACAGCCCAGUCCUGCAGGCCCCGGAGCGGCCGUCACGCGCCCGUGCCCCUCGCAGUCACAGCAAGGGCCGCGCACCCGCGCCGCCACCGCCGCCGCCACGCCGCCACCCUCACCUGCCCGGCGUACUGCUGGUGCCCACCAAGAGCGGCGCCGAGCACGCCCGCGCCCUGUACCCCAAGGACAGCCUGCUACACCACGCCCUGCUGCAGCGCCGCCCGCACGAGUACCACGCCCCCAGGCCCCGCGACGUGCAUGUCCCCAACCCCGAGGCGCGGCGCAGGGCACGCUCCAAGAGCCCAGCGCGCCGCGCCGCCAUGCCCCUCCACCCCCUAGCGCCCCUCACCGCCUUCAGCCUCACGCAGAAGAUCAGGGACCUGUCCGGCGCGGUGUUCGGCGCACCCACCACCACUGCGCCGAACACCGCGGGGGGCGCCGCGGCCUCAGGACACCGCCGCUCGCUGUCCACGGGAGGCGUGGCGGCGGCGGGCGGCGAGGGGGGCAGCCUGCGACCAGUCAUCAAGAGGGGGCGGCGCCCUGACGGGUCACCGCCACCGCGCCGCGUCACCUUCAGUGCCUACGCCACCGUGCAGGUCAUGGACGCGUGAGGGACGCCGCGCCCCCACGCCCUCGCCACACUGCUCGCCCCGCCACCACCCCUGCCCUACCCUGCCUCACCCUGCCCCGGUACGCCGCGGCGCACACCAUCACCAUCCUGCCUGUCCCAUCCGGCCUGGCAGGGACGGCGCGGGGCAGGGAGAGACACCUGGGCAGAGAGGCAGCUAUAGGCAGGGAGGUGACCAGGGUUACUAACAGUAUUCUGUCACACACACACACACACACACACACACACACACACACACACACACACACACACACACACUCACACACACACACCUCGCUCAAGUCGUAACUAAGUCCGGGAAAGACAACAGGAGACACACACACACACACACACACACACACACACACACACACACACACACACACACACACACACACACUUCCAGUCAUGUGUAUCAUUAACUAUACUUAAUAAUAAAAGUAAUGAUAAUAAUAAUAAUAGUAAUAAUAAUAAUAAUAAUAAUAGUAAUAACGCGUGUAUCACCAGUGGUGUUGUGAGGGAAACCCAAGUCACUUGUAUUGUGUAUAUAUGUAUCAUGACACACUGUAUGUAUCAAUACCAAUCAAAUCAAUAAAGAAAUCAAUCAAUUA